GAAAACGUAAAAUAAAAGUAUUGUGACAAAAAUGUAAAAUAUAUUGAAGAAAGGUGGAAAUUUUUAUUUCUUUGAAUACAAAAUAUAAGAAGAAAAAAUUGAAAAUGGCGAGGAAAGUGCCUGAGACCAUUCGGAUUACGUCAUGGGUCGAUCCACCGUAUUCAAAUUUUGAAGUUUAUAGUAAUGGAUCAUUUCGUGGCGAAGGUUACGCUUUUACAAUUUUAGAAAUGUUAACGUCAAAAUUGAAUUUUAAUUUUACAUUUGUUAUGCCAAAAGAACAAAUUCUCGGAAAUCAAGAAUCUGGCAUCGUGGGAAUGUUAGCAAGAAAUGAAGUGGACAUGGCAGUUGCAUUUUUGCCGGUAAUGACAAAAGUCAAGGAUUUCAUGAAUUACAGUGUAUCACUGGAUGAAAAUGAAAUGACAUUUUUAUUAAGAAGACCUGCUGAAUCAUCGACAGGAGCAGGAUUGUUUGCUCCUUAUACACCUGACGUUUGGUAUUCAAUUCUGGCAGCCAUUUUCGUUAUUGGACCUACGGCUUGGGUUACCAUUCAGCUAAGAAAUUUGUAUGCAAAAGAUGACGAAAUGUGGAGGUACUCGUUCCCACGUUGCAUGUGGUUCGCCUACGGUUCUCUACUGAAACAAGGAACAACAAAAGCCCCUCAUGGAGAUUGUACAAGACUGGUUUUUGCAUCCUGGUGGAUAUUUGUGACAAUUUUCUCGGCAUUCUACACUGCAAAUCUCACGGCUUUUCUGACUCUAUCGUACUAUACUCUGGGUAUACAUUCACUUGACGAUGUCGCUUAUGGCUACAACUGGUUCGCCAUGAAAGGUCGCACAGUUGAGAGUGCGAUAGAAAACAAUUUUGGCGCGUUCAACAGUUUGAAGAGGGCAGCCGAGUGGAGAUAUGGAGAGUACAGCACUGAGUACGGUCUAUUUGGUAUAGACAUGCUGAAACGUAUUCGAAAGUCAAAAAGGGGAUUCUUGACGGAAAUGCAACUGGCAAAAAUGAUAGUUUACGACGACUAUAAAAACAAAACGAGGAAAGGAAUUGUUGAGGGUAAACGUUGCACGUACAUCGCAGUGCCGAAACCUCUUUACUUCAUCGAAACGGCUUUUGGUUUUCCGAAGAAUUCUUCUAUUUUGGCAAUUAUGAACAAAGAACUUAUACGCAUUGUGGAAAAUGGAUUAGUGAAAUAUUUGAAGAAAGCAGACGUACCGACGGUGAAUUAUUGUCCACCAAAUUUACCGACAAAAGAGAAACGUCUACAGGUCAAUGAUAUUUUACUUUUGUUUAAAGUAAUUGGCUAUGGUUAUUCGGUGGCCAGUGUACUUUUUGUUCUCGAGGGUAUAUUUUACGUUAUUAUGCGAUUCUGCUGCUGCAACAAGGACUCAUGUUGCAUUCCAUUCAAGCAAAAAGUUAAAGUUGACGAAUCAUCAUUGCCAGCUUACAGUCCACCUAAUUCGCCACGUUAUAAAUUCCAUCAAAGUCCACCGCCAUUUUAUCAAGCGGUACAAGAUCAUCGUGACGCGAAAAGAUUUAAUAUUAACGGUCGCGAUUAUUACGUUGUCAAGGAAAGUACCGGAAAUACACGAUUGGUACCGAUUCGUGUGCCCUCCUCUUAUUUGUUCCAUCAGUUUACUGCUUAGAGAGGGAGAGAGAGAGAGAAAGAAAAGUACACUCAAACGCAAGU